AUGGGGGUGGGACCGGGGCUUCGGAGAAUAGGAGGGGACGAAUUCGGGGGAAGUAGAGGGGCGGAGGAAGUUGGUGUGCGAAGAAGAGUGGUGGUGCGAGCUGUGGGCCCCGAAAUAGGUUCAAAUGCGGCGUACGAUGUGAUUGGGUCGCUGGGGCUCGAUACACUCACGUUCCUGGUGGCCACCGUUAUUGUUAUCCCGGCUUUCAAAAGCCUCAAAAUAAGCCCGAUUCUCGGAUUUCUUCUAUCGGGUGUUGCUCUUAACGAGUUGGGGCUCAUUCGGAACAUCACCGACGUGAAGGCACUUAGCGAGCUUGGGAUUUUGUUCCUGCUCUUCGAAAUGGGCCUCGAGCUCUCCCUCGAGCGACUCAGAGCACUCGCCAAGUUCGCAUUCGGCAUGGGCCUUCCGCAGGUUCUCCUCACCACGCUUGAUGGAAGUAAGGCCUCCGCAGCCCACCUGUCCUCUCUUGACAGUUCCCUCCCUCCCGCCCUCCCCCUGUCAUCCCUACAGGUUCUCCUAACGACGCUUGCCUUCACAGCGUUCGAGCUGCCAAUCGACAAUGCCAUCGGCACCCGUGCGCUCGAAUUUCUCUUUGGGGCCAAAGCUGAUCUGGUGAACAUCCGGUCGCUAGAUGAGGCCAUUGUCAUUGGAGCUGCUCUUGCGCUCUCCUCAUCCGCCUUCGUGCUUCAGCUUUUGUCUGAAAAGGGUGAGCUCGCCACUCGCUACGGAUCGGCAACUCUCGGCAUCUUGCUGCUGCAGGACAUUGCAGUCGUCCCUCUGCUCGUCAUUCUCCCCAUCCUUGAGAACGGGGACUUCACAGACGAUUCCGUCUUCCCACUGCUCGCUCUGGAAGGAGCCCAGGACUUCACAGACGAUUCCGUCUUCCCUCUGCUCGCCCUGGAAGGAGCCAAGUCGCUGCUGGGGCUCGGAGCUCUGCUUUACACGGGGCGUAUUGCCCUGCGCCGGCUCUUUGAGUUCGUGGCAGAGUCGCGCAGUUCAGAGGCGUUCAUUGCUCUCUGCCUACUCACAGUCACGGGAACAGCUCUCAUUACCAGCAAGCUUGGAUUCAGUGACUCGUUGGGAGCGUUCCUAGCAGGAGCACUGCUGGCGGAGACCAACUACCGCACACAGGUGGAGGCGGACAUCCGCCCCUUCCGAGGGCUGCUGCUGGGUCUCUUCUUCGUCACCACUGGCAGCUCCAUCGACCUCAACCUGCUAGCAUCGGAGAGGCCAAACAUCCUGGCGCUACUAGCAGGCCUCAUAGGCAUCAAGGCAGCCAUCGUCACACCUUUCAACUCACUUUCUCCAACUCUUGCAUCGGAGUGGCCAAACAUCCUGGCGCUCCUGACGGGUCUCAUAGGCAUCAAGGCAGCCAUCAUCACAGCCCUCGGCCCACGUGUGGGCCUCACUCUCUCGGAGUCCGUGCGCACGGGGCUGCUGCUGUCCCAGGGGGGCGAGUUCGCCUUCGUCGUCUUUGCCCUGGCCAACCAGCUGGGCGUGCUCCCACUGGAGCUGAACCGGCUGCUCAUCAUCGUUGUGGUGCUAUCCAUGGCGCUCACGCCCUUCCUUGACGCCCUGGGGCGCAGAGCAGCAGAGUACAUUGAAGACAAUAUCGAAUCCAGGGACGCUGCCACCGUUGCUGCUGCGGGCGUGCGUGGUGGGGCAGCUGUGGGUAGACUGGGACCGGGUGGGAAUGGAGCGAUGAGCGAAGGUGAAGGCAGCAUGGAAGGCCAGCAGGUGAGUCCAUGUCUCUCUGCUGUUGCUGCCAGGGCCGUGAGUGGUGUGGGUGGCGUGGCGGAGUCUGUUGGUAGACUGGGUGCGGGUGGGAAUGAGACGAUGAGUGAAGCUGAUGGCGGCAUGGAAGGCCAACAGGUGAGUCCAUGCCUCUCUGCUGUUGCUGCCGGGGGCGCAGGGCCGAUAGUCACUCUGGGAUUCAACCGGAUGGGGCAGGUGCUCACCAGUGUACCUUCUCCUCCAUAUUCCCGGAUUAACCCCCUGUUGCUCAUGUCACCAUCACAGGCAGGCGCAUCCCACUCUACUCACUUCGCUGGCGCAGAGCCGAUAGUCAUUUCGGUGUUCAACCAGAUGGGCCAGGCAGGCGCAUCCCACUCUACGCACUUCGCCGGUGCGGAGCCGAUUGUCAUUCUAGGGUUCAACCAGAUGGGGCAGGUGCUGGCCAAUUUCCUCUCCACGCCACUUGCAGCGGGGUCAGGGGGCGACGCUGCUGGUUGGAACUUCAUUUCCUUCGAUCUCAACCCCAAGCGCGUGCGGCUUGGCGCAUCGCUCGGUUUCCCUGUCCUGUAUGGCGACGGCAGCCGCCCGGCAGUGUUGGAAUCAGCCGGCAUUAGCCGCCCGAAGGCCUUCAUGGUCGUCUAUUCCAGCCGCACCCGAUCCGUGGCUUCAAUCGAGCGGCUCAAAGAGGCGUUCCCUGGGGUGCCUCUGUACGCACGGGCAGUGGACGCAGUGCAUCUCUCGGAACUGAGGCGCGCAGGAGCCACUGACGUGGUGCUGGAGAGUGCUGAGACUAGGCUUUAUGCUGCUGCAGGAGAUGGGGGUGAUGCAGGACGACCUGGUGUUUGUGCCAUUUCUCCCUCUCGCCCGCCCCUGAUCCAACCCCUGCUCCUCUUCUCCCCCGUCCCUUCACUGCAGACUGGUCUCCGCCUGGGCUCCAUGCUUCUGCAGGACAUGGGAGUGAUGCGAGACGAUGUGGUGUUUGUGCGGCGCCUCAUGCGGGACGCCAUGGACCAAAGGGCUCUCUCUGCUUCCUCCUCCCAAUCCUCCGACCUCAUCUCCUCCCGCCCUCUUCUCGAAACUCUCAAGGAGACGCUUGGUCGGAGAGCCAUUCGGCCCAUAGAGCCCACAGCCUUCCUCAUGAAUCAACAAGAUGACCGCACCGCCGCUCCUUCAUCUGCAGCCUCCGCUGCAGCUUCUGCUGUCGAUGGGGACACGAUUCAGCAGGAGAAUCCUGCUAAAGUUGCCGCGUUUACCGCUACCCGUGCAUCCACAGUGGCUGCUACAGCUGCAGCUGCCGCUACAGCGGGCGUGCUUGUCGCGAGCAAAGAAGACAAUACUUCAGCAGCUCCAAAAGAAGAGGGAGAGGGCUCAAAAGCAGGGAUCAAAGAAGCGCCUGUAGCAAGGGGUUUAGGUGCAGCAGAGCUCCCGUCCCUCGAGUCACCAAUGGGAAUCAACCCCGUGUUCGUACUGGCAGACGCGCAGGCUUCGCCUGACGGCAUGCUGCAGUACUUCUCCGAUGGAGAGGACUUUGUGGACCGGAAUCUCAGUCUUGAUGCCAGUCAGCUACCCGCAGGCGCUACCAUGCCGCCUUCGUUGGACUCGCCAGCAGUGCUGGGAGAGGGGUUCGGCUCGGAAGGAUUGCAAGCCGCGGCGGGUGAGAGGCUGGUCUACUUUUCAGAUGGGGAUGAUUUCGUUGAUGUCAAGCUGGAGCUUCCUCAGUCUGGUGACUUCCCUCGGGAAAAGUAA